AAAAUGUUGUGCUGUUAAUAACUUAAUAUUGAUCAUGGUAAAUAUGGUAGAUUUUAUUGGUGUGCGCCUGGCUUAAGUUUGCAGCAAAAAUUAAUAAUUAUUAGUGCGAUAAACUUCAACAUUGUGACAACUGAAAACUGUUGGAAGCAGCAGAAUCAUCAAAGCGAGAGAUCGAAAAAAUUGAUGAAUUAAUUCUUUACCACCGAUGAGAUGUGAAGGGACAAUUGAAAAUUAUUUAGUUCUUUCCAUUUGUUAGAUCCCAGCUAUACGAGCUAGAUAAGCAACCAGCAGCGUAGUGGACUUUCAAAAACAAGUUAAUAGCAAAAGAAACGUCAAAAGCAUGGCAACGAGUUUUGAGGAUCCAAGUUUCGAUGAAACAAUAAAAAAGUUACAGAUACUAACUUCAUUCUCGUCAGAGUCAGUGACAGUGUCGACCACCGCUACUACCGGGGCAAAUCCGUUUAAAAUAUGUUCUUCUGCACUGGAAAAUAUUCGAAAGAACGAAGCAACUGUUAAAGAAAUUUUUGGCACCCACUGUGAAUGCGGUGCAGAAAGAAUGCUUGCUAUGUCGGUUCCAUCUAUGAAUAAUCUCGGUAAAGUAAACGGGGUGGGCAGUAAGCAAAACAGUAGCAUGAAUCUGCAGCACGGUAUUCUCAACCCGACUCCCUUCAAGCAUAAAGCCAGAGGUGAAAAGAAAAUUAUUGUUCGGGAAUCACUGUUGAAAAACAUUGGAAAAUGCGUUCACCGAAAUAUGGUACAACCAACAAAGGACAUGAUUAACCAACAGCAGCAUAUAACAACGAAUGGUUUUCAAGCCACGCCAAAUUUGUUAAAACCAUCACUAUCAGAGAACAAUCUCACAAAAUGCUUCAAUAACAGUUCCAGUGACGAUAUCCUAGAUUUCAGGUUACUAGUAACUCAAUGCAGUGAACUAACGCUGUCCUCUUCGUCGGCCAGCAAGACGUUGGAAAGUCCGAAUUUUUCGCAGAGCAGUUUCAAAGCUCUACGGCAACCACCAGAUUUUUCCACUUUUCAGCACAAUAGAACCGCAGUGGCCCGUCGAAGUAAUCGAGUACGACAACUGAAACGAUCGAACAGUACCUCGUCGCUAGAGUCGGAUAGCAGCAGCACCAGUAGCAUGGCACCAUUUGGUCCUUUGGGAGCGGGUCAUCCCGGAACGGUCGUCCAAACGCUAACCGGAGCUCAAUUACAGCAGCAACAGCCAAACCCGACCAGCCAGCAACAAUCUCCGCAGUCUUCUUCUCCUUCGUCUUCGUCCGCUUCAUGUUCAACGCAAGCUCGUCUCAACAGUGCUAUGCCAUGUGAUAUCACCAUCGAUGAAAUGGCCAGCUACUUCGAAACGCUGGUACAUAUUCCGAAGAAAAUGUCAAGCAUGGCAGAGAUGAUGUAUAUUUAAAAUUCAGUCUACAACAAACUUUAAGGGUGAGGCUAUUAGAGCAAUAUGCAGUUUGUUUUGUUGUUUUAUUCACGUUGAAAAAAAUUCUCGUUGCUAUUUUUGGAAUAAUAUCGACACGUGCAGCAUUCCAACAUAAUUCGUCGAACUUUUUUAUAUGCGAAACUGUAUAAAUAGGCGGCGUGUUCUAAUAUUUCUGUGUAAUGUUGAAAAUUUAUAAUAUUUUUAACAGGCAAAUUUUUAUUCUAAACCUCAAUUAGUAUAUUUUUUAUCGGAGCAUAAAAUCAUUUAUCAAACGAUAUGCUAGAAAUAUAAAAUAUGACCUCACUAUAAGAUUGAAAAUUCGAACCCAAUCACAAGAGUAUCAUUUUUGCGGAAUUUCGGCAAUUGAUUGAAAUUUAAUGUAGCGCAACUACGAAAGCUUUUUCCAGUUCUCCUAUAGCACCGUACACAAUUGUGUAGUACUAUUUCUGUAUUUAUUUCAAUCAUAAUAAGAUUGUUUUGUAUGUAAUCUUGAAUGGGAACCAAAAGGGCGAUAUACAUAUUCAAUUCAUAUUGAUUGGUUUAAGCACUUAUUUAAUAAAUCAUUUUGAAUAAAAUAAUCGCGGGUUACCCAAUAGACUUCCGUCUAUUAUAUCAUACAUUGUUUUAGAAACCAUGAAAUAAAUACAUGGUCUUUGCUACAUCGAUGUACAAUUCUUGGAGUUGUGAAUUUACGAAAAAGGGCAUAUUUUCCAUAUUCGUUAGGAGAUUUCUGUCUCUUAAGUGAUGCUAAUAGAUACGGCACGAUUUAUAAAAUAAAAUUGAAUAUUUGUGCCGGUAUUAAGUAUUGAUGUUCGUACUACAUACAUGUAUUCUAUUAAACCAGCUAGAUGUUGACAGAUUCGUGACUAAUAUUCUCAUUAAGUUAUACUAUCAAUUCUCAUUGCGUAGGAUAGUAAACCGUGCUUGAAAUUUUUGUGUUCAAACUUUUGGUUUGUUCUUUUGUAUGGUUAUAUUAGUCAGAAGAAACCAUUUUAUGUUUUUAAUUCGUAUUUUAUUUUCCUUUAUAGGCUAAGAGCUCAUUUCCCUUCUAAAGAACGAGUGUAUUUGUGGAAAAAUUUGACCUAAUAACCUUAGGUUAUUUGGUAGAAAAUAUAACGAAUCAGAUUGAAAAAAAAUAGUAAGGAUCAAGAGAAAAUCUCAAUGAAUUAGCAUAAUAACAUGUAUAGAGUAAUUCCAAAACACAAAAAUAUCGAAAAUUAAAAACGAUCGAUAAAUAGUAAAAAAAACUAGAAAAAAAUAAUACUAAUUUUUACGGUUUGUAAAUUGGGCAAGGAAUGGCAGGAAUAGUGUUGUAAUGAAUCGAUUUGCAAUUAUUGAUUCGAUAGCACUGCGCUAUGUAGUCGAAAUUACAACCAAUAAAUGUUUCAUUAUAUUGCAGAAGGUGAGAUGAGCAUGAAAACAAUAUGCAGGCGAAAUACAUCAUAACCGACGCGUGUUGAAUUGAAAUAUUUUACAAU